GGGAGAAGGGGAGGGGUGGGGAGGUGUACGGUGGGGUUUGUAUCAGAGGAGUCGGGCCAGUUUGAGUGUCGUGUGGUUCUCAGGUCGUCCCGCGAGGUGAGGGUGUUCAUCAUUGAGAGUACGGUGUUGGAGAGAUGCAGAGAGGUUCAGCUGGAGUUUACCACCACUGCCAUGCAGCCUCUCACCCAGGACAUCCCCAUUGUAAACCCCAGUACCGUGGAGUGGCUGCUGGGGGCCACCCUGCGGGGGUCGGGGUUCAGCGGACCAGACUCUAUCCUCUCACAACCACUCUCUACCACUGCCUAUCCUUUGACCUUUAACCCCAAGAAAGAGGGAACAGUAGAGGGAGAGCUGUGUCUGGUGAAUGGAAAUGAUGGCACAGAGCACAGGUUCCAGUUGAGAGGAGUGGCUGAGAAACCACUGGCCCAAGACUAUGUCCUCAUCCACACACGUGCCAAGACCAGUGUGACUCACAUUCUGCAUGUCCCCAACCACAAUGAGAGAACGACAGAGUUCCGUGUCGAGUCUGACCUGACGUGUGUGAGCGGUCCACCGUCCGUCACCAUCACUGGCGGGGACUUGGUGGACUACCCCCUGCUCGUUAGACCAAUCAGGAGGGGAGUGGUCUCUGGAGCUGUGGCCUUUGUUGCUCAAGCUCCCGGCACAAGAGAUAGGAGAAGUCUGAGUGCGGUGUCUAGCAGGAGAGGUCAAGCAUCCAGUGCCCCACACCACGUUUGGUUCCAGAUUGAGGUGAGGGCGGAGCCAGCCCCGCCCGACCAGGUGGUCCCCCUCACCUGCCCCACCCUCUCCUCCACCCUCACACGUCUCCACGUCACCAACUCUCAGCCACACCCCCUCCAACUCACCGUGGUGGUAGGUGGGGAGUAUGUCUCUGGGCCUGGCUCUCUGGUUGUUGAUGCCAACAGUAGCACAUCCUACCCUCUCACCUUUGCACCCUCUCUCAUUGGAGACACUGCAGGAGAGGUGGUGUUUGAUGGGGGUCCUGACGGGGAGUUCUGGUACCAGCUCCAACUCACAGCCACUGACCCCACUCCCAUCACCCUCCCUAAUGUCACCUGCAAGCUGGGAAAAACGGAGCAAGUGUCGGUUCCUCUGAGGAAUCCUCUGGGGCACUCUGUGGUGUUCUCCUGUCAGUGCUCCAACACCAGACACUUCAUCAUCCCAGCUCUCACUGACAGCCAGGUGGAGGUAGAGGCUGGAGGCAGUAUUGAUGUCCCGGUACUGUUCAAACCAUCUUGUGUUGGCUCAGGAGACCAUAUGGCACACAUCUCCUUCACCAGCCAACAGUUUGGAGAGCAGGUCUUCAUACUGCAAGGUGAGGGUUCGGAGCCCUCCCAAAUGGAGCCCACCACCAUCCAGGCCAGCCUCAACUCCAACACGACACACGUGGUCUCUUUCACCAACCCUCUGGACACCCCCACCCUCUUCCAAGUCACUCUCUGUGACACACACCCUUUGGAGAGCUUCUGCCUCCUCCUCAAACGCACACACGGGAUCCUACUCCGUCCAGGAGUCUCUCUGGACAUUCCCGUCAUGUUUGUUCCCGAGGAGAUGCACACACACCGUACUAACAUGACCGUGAGCACCGAAGGAACGAGGAGCGAGAACAAACUAGUGUGGCGGUAUCCCAUCAUCGGCCAGCCCCAGUUCAGCCCUCUGUCCCCAAAGUCAGCUCCAAAGAUAGUCUGCCAGGCAAAGGAGAGGGUCGAGGAGAAGUUAGAGGUGAUGCUUGUCAGUCGCAAGAUGAAGGAUGCAGCCAUUUUUCGUUCAAAGGCUCCCAAUCUCGAUACCUCCUCUGGUAACGACCAGGGUCUCCCCCAGCAGAGUGAGGCUGAUGGCCACUAUUCCUACGAGCUGGUGUGUGUGGACGGCGAGUACUCUGACCUCAUUCGAGACUGUGUCGUAGUGAAACUGCUGAGGAGGGUGGUCAGCGAAGAAGGUCACGUGAAGCUCGUAUUUGGAUUUGUCUUUGUCCCACCAAGGGCACUCAGCUGUACUGUGGAGCUGAAUGUGAGAUGCAGUGGCUCUGGAGGUGUCUGGAAGUUUCCUCUCCACCUCUGCGCCAACAUGGCCGACCCUGAUGAUGUCAUCGUCAUCGAGGCCACCUCCCUCAACAGAGAGACUCAGAUUCAGUUUCGACUCACAAGCAUGCAGGAGCAUCCACUUCCAUUUACUGCCCACCUGGCCCAUGGGGUCAGACCCUGACAUCACUGUCUCUCCCACUAGUGGGGAACUAGCUCCAGUCAACAGCAGAGGAACACUCUUCUUCAUCGCCUACAAACCACGUAUCUACGGCCGUGUCCACAAAGCAAGACUCAUAGUUAAUUGCCAGUCCACUGAGUGGUGCUACGAGAUAGUGGGAAGACCUGCAGUCUACUCUCCUCCCACCGCCACCGGAGCCAAGGUCCAGCACAGAGCUACACCACCUCUCCUCCUGUCACAGACAAGGAAAAACUUCAUUAGAGCAAACAUGAAACUCUGGAAAUCUAGACAACCAGUGCAGUAGUUGGUACGUAUGUCUGCCGUAAGAAUUGAUUUUAGCCACAUAUGUAUGUACAGUGCAUUCUUGCCCCAACAAGUGUAUUAUAGUGACGUAACUCUGACUCUAGUGAGUAAAAUAUAAUGCCUUCUCAAUUUAUUAGCUACAUGCUCAUGUACAGAUUUUUAAAAAGCUAAAACUAGA